UGGGCCUUAAAUCAUAAAAACUGCUCCAAAAAUGGAUUUCCCUUUGGGGAUAAAGCGUCUUUGAAUUUGAAUUAAAAUAAAAGCUCUCCUUUGUCUUGCUUUGCCUCUCUGGCUGCAGAAUGAGUGAGAGUGUGGCACAGGACCGGCUGCAGCUCCUGCAGACUUACCGCCUGCUGCAGUGGAUCCGUAACGACAAUCAGGCUGAGGUAGAGAGGAUCCUGGACCUCGGGGUGAAAGGUCUUAUCAAUCUGACGGCGCCGCAAGACGGCAUGGGGGCCCUCCACCUGGCAGUCUCACUCAAUCGUUCAGAGCUUGUGGACUUCCUGUUAUCCCGUCGAGCCCUGCCCGAUAUCCAAGACAAUUUGGGGCGUACCCCUGUUAUGUUGGCUGUUGAGGUGGGAAAUCUACCCAUGGUGACCCGGUUGGUCCAGAACCAAGCUGACAUGAAGCUCCUGGACGGUGAAGGCAAAGGUGUGCUGUUCUACUGCAGCUUACCCACCCAGAGCCACACCUCCUGCCUGCAGGUGGCGCUGGAGAACGGCGCGGAUGUCAACAACGUGUCAGCAGACGGGGUUCAUGUCUUCCAGCAGAUGUGUGAAAAAGCCCCCGAGUGCACCCCGCAGUGUCUCAUCAUGGUGGAGGCCGGCGCAGACCCCAGCGCCGUUAAUAAGAACACCGGCAUGACGGCGUUAAUGGCAGCGGUCAAGGCGGGCUCUCUGGAGCUCGUCAGAGCGAUUCUCAGGAGAGGCGGGAACCCCAACGUUAUGGACCAGAACCGGCUGACGGCGGUCCACUACGCCGCCAUGGUCGGCUGCACCGAGACGAUUCAGGUGCUGUCGGCGUACUCGGCAGACAUGGGAGAGAUCGACUUCACCGGGGCCACGCCCUUACACUACGCCGCUGCCACCGGCAACACCAGCUGCUGCAAGUUCUUAGCACAGAGAGGUUGUAACCCUAAACUGAAGAACCUGGAGGGCUUGCUGCCUCGUCAGAUUGCCAAGGACUCGGGUCACAAAGCAGCAGCCAUGGAGCUGCGUAAAGCAGAGAAGCAGCAGGGGAAAAGCAGCAGCGAGUCCAGCGACGCCUCCCCGACGUCAGCGCUCUGGGCGCUGACCCUCCACGACUGGUCCCACGAGUGUCAGGCCGACCUGCAGCGAGCCUUUGGGGACGCCUCCCACGCGGUCGACGUGUGCACCUUCACGUCCGUGUUGCAGGAGCUGAAAGCGCCGGUGGACCUGGAUCAGCUCGGUAAAGUCGUCUCAGCCCACGACACCAACACACAGGGAUGCAUCGACCUUGACGACUUCCUCAAAGGUGCCAAGUACAUCCAGAAAGCCUUUCUCCUCUCCUCGUACAUGCCGAAAAAGGAAAAGGCCGCAAAAGGAGCGGAAGGAGGGAAGAAGAAGAAGGAGAAAAGUAAAUCUUUCCUCCCGCCCAUUUGCAUCAUGCCAAUAGAGAAAAUGCCCCGGCGGCCGGACGGAGGCCCUCCCUACUUCAUGAUCGAAAAAUACUUCAAGGGCCCGGACGGGUGGUGCCCUGACAAACCAGACAAAGUAUACGUCAACAUCAACGACUGUGUGAAGAAUGGAGACCUGAAGUCGCUGGAGCUCGCCUUCAGCCAGGGGGUGCCGGUGGACGUCCAGGAUGAGUAUUACGACUCGCCGCUGAUGACGGCCUGCUGCAGCGGGCGCCUCCAGAUGGUGCAGUACCUCCUCAGCUGCGGGGCUGACGUGAACCUGACCGACCAGUUAUUCUGGACACCGCUGCACCACGCCGCUCACGCGGGACACACGGCCAUCGCUGAGCUCCUGAUCCAGGCGGGGGCCUCCGUAAACGCCCGGACCCUGUGUGGGGGCACGCCCCUCAUGGGGGCCAUCCAGAGCUGCCGCCCCUCCUGCGUGGAGCUCCUCAUCAACGCCGGGGCCAACGUGAACGCAAAGGCCAACUCAGGACAAAACUGCGUGGAUUUCGCUGUGCAGUUCUCAGGGCCUGAAGUCAUCAACUUGGUCAAACUCAAGAUGGCUUCACUGCCUGAAGCAAAGGCUGCAGCGAAGGGGAAGGGGGGUAAAAACCAAACGCCUAAAUCUGCCAAAAAGAAAGUAGCCAAGUAACUCUGUUACAACCUUUAACAUCGACGAACGUCGACGGCAAGUAUUAAAAGUUCUCUGAUCUGAAGCCCUUUUUGUUUACUCUACUUGUUGUCUGCUUCUUCAUCCAUCCAUCCAUCCAUCCAUCCAUCCAUGCAUCCAUCCAUCCAUCCAUCCAUCCAUCCAUCCAUCCAUCCAUCCAUCCAUUCUUAGCCCAGACCUCCCUCCCCCCAGAAACUUCCUCCAGCGCUCCAGGGGAGU